GAUAACGGUAGAGUGCCUCCUGAAAAUCCAUUACAUACUUUGCUAUCAUCAUGUAUGUGAAACUCUGUUUUCAAAUAGAUUUAAAAUAUCCUACGAUCCUCAUAGGCAUAUUUCACUUACUUUUUUUACUGUUUCGAAUAUACGAAAUCGCACUAGAUUUGUACGUUUUAGAAGAAGUGAUUCAGUUCAACCAACUGACUUACAUAGUUCUAAUAAACAUGUUACAGCUGGGAAUAAUAGUGAGUUUGUUCGUGGGGGCGUGCAGACACCAACACGUCUGCCUCCUUCCGUGGUUGUGCUUCACCGCCCCCAUCUUCUGCAUGGCCACCGCCUACGGCACCCUCUACGUAGCAACCGGAGACUGCAUCCAAAGCAUCAUAAACUUCGUCUUCAUCGUUUUCUUCUGGUCCUCGUGGUACAUCGUCUUCAAAAACUACCUAUCUUUGAAGAACACACUCAGGUACUCCCCCUUCCGCGGCUACAGGUACUCCUCCACGCUUAAAAGCAUCAACAACGAGAUCCUGUAGCCACUUGUCGCUCCCACCUGGAUCCACUUGAGAUAACGUGGUGAGACCUGGCACCACUCGUCCCGGAAGUCCCCCGGAUUAUCGCCGAAACCCUGCACGUUCCUCCCGAUAAGAAAAAUGCGCAAAUUACGUUGAAAAAAAUUGCAGUUGAACCAGAACGUUGCACGUUCUAUUUAUACCCGCGAGUUAAAGCUUUAUCUCGGUGUUUUGAAUUUUUUUUUCGAUACAUUUUUAUCCAAACUGUUCUCAUUAUAAGUUGCAUCACCACAGAUAAGUGUCACGUUGCGAUAAUUGCUGUCAACACUUCCUGACGACGACCCGUCCGGGAAAGGUGUGCGGUACUGCCGGCGAUUUCGGCGUCCUUGCUCCAUGCGUGACACGAGUGUCUCUCGUCCUUGAACUCUGCCUCCAAUUUCGGGCUAAACGCACCGUCUGAGCAGUACCGUCUCAGCGGGGUACUAAAAAGGGUCCGUGUCGUGCAAACACAGAGGUCAGUGAUGUUUACGCUAAUUAUCGCUCUAUUUUGCUCUCCUUGACCCUGAACGAACCCGCGUACUUUGGUUUUGUCUAAAAUAGUUUCGGCAGUACUUGCACUUUGCCGGUACUACGGCGAUAGCUGGUGAUUGAACUUGCCGCGGGUUCAGAUUCACUAAUUGAGGGGCACGACCAAGGAAGAGAUCUUGUAUCGGAUUUUUUGCUCUGUGAUACGCUCAAGACUUAUUUUCUCGGUUUGUUUUGUUCAUGUUUUCGUAGAUGAGUUAUGUUUGUGUUUAUAAAUAAAAUGGUUUUUUAAAAAUA